UGCGCGAAUGCGAGAGGGGAUCCUUGGCUCGCUGGAGCAGCAGCUACACAACUUGAGAGGAAGUUUCUUCCCCGCGGGGUUAAUUUCGCGGGAGCGAAGAGCACUCGGGGAAAUUUUCCCGAUGGCGAGCGCGAGCGACAACGCGGUCUCCGUGGAAUCCUCGAAAAAAUCCGUGGACCUCGCGAAGAAGGAAUUGCGGUCGUUAUUGGGGAAAAUCGACGAGCUGGGCCUGCCCGUUAGAGCGUGGCGGCUGCUUCGCGCACGUUCCCGAUUGAAAGCGACGCGGAUGAAGCUACGCGCGAGGCACCUGUGGAUCUUGCUGAUCGCCACGUGGAUGACGGUGCAGGUCGCCCGGAAUCGCGCGCAGACCUAUCGACACACCAAGUGCUUGAUAACGGUGCCCUCGUUUACGCAAAAAGUUUUCCGGCCGCCGGAAGACUGCUCGAUCUGCCAGGACGUUCAACAGGUUGACAAGCUCGCCGCCAUCGAUCCAGCGAUUUUCGAGCAACGCUACGCGUAUUCCGGCAAGCCGGUGGUGAUCAUGGACGCCAUGGUGAACUGGACCGCGCCCAAAGUAUUCUCCUUCUCGUUUCUCAAGACGCUCUAUCACGGCGAGAACGCCAACUGCCAGUUCUUUCCGUACAAGACGGAGUUUCAGAGCCUGCAGGACGUCUUCGACAUGAGCACCAGCCGAGCCACGAUGGAGAAGGGCACGAAGCCCUGGUACGUCGGAUGGAGCAAUUGCGACGACAAGAUCGGCGCUAUACUGAGACAGCACUAUCAGAGGCCGUACUUCCUCCCCGUGACCGCCGAGAGCGAGAAGACGGAUUGGAUUUUCAUGGGCAGCCACGGAUACGGCGCCCCGAUGCACGUGGACGACGUGGAGCAUCCCUCCUGGCAGGCGCAGAUAAAGGGUGAAAAAUUGUGGAUUUUGGAGCCGCCGCGGGAGUGUCAUUAUACGUGCAAGAGGCUGGAAGUGAUAGUGCAGUCCGGCGAAAUAAUCGUUCUGGACACGAAUAGAUGGUACCACCAGACGAAAAUCGUGUCUGAAGAUAUGAGCAUCACCAUUGGAGCCGAGUACGACUGAAGCUGCUGCAGCUUACGUAUUCGUGUAAUUGUGUGACUCGUUAGUCCGUUCGUUCGUUCAUUGUAGCAAUGGUAAACGCAAAGUAAUCCACGCGACAAGCCGAACGAGAGUCCUUGUGUGUAUGUGUGUAAAUGUACAAAUGAAAUAAAGCGCGU